AUGGUGUCUCGAGUCUCGACUAUGAAGAAAGAAAUAACAGAGAGUCAAUGCCGUGAAACUGGGAAAUCCAAAUCAGCCGGAGGAGGAGGAAGCUUCUGGUUCGGAAGUUUGCCGUUGAGGACGAGCCACGCCAUCUUCAAUCCCCAGCUCGUGUGUACCUCCAAAUGGCAAUGCAUAAACCAUACACCUAUGCAUACACACAUACAUAUACUCAUUUCCCCUUGUUUACUUUACUUACCUGGAUUAUCAGCUAAAAACCGAAUGGCGACCCACCCGCCAGCUGGCACUCCAACGGUGUUCCUCUCAACCGGGUCGACAAGGUUGAAACUUUUCGGGUCUUCUCUCGGGUCGAAAUUUCCGAAUCCUUGCCCCACCACAAAGAAAUUAAAUCCAUGGAGAUGA